AUGAUUUUAAUUUUUUUUUUUUUCUUGGCUUUCUUGAGUAAUGUAAAAUGUGACAUACCGGUUCAUUGUCUAAGUAGACAUGUAGAAGGAAAAUGGGAAAUAAACAUAGGGUUGCUAAAAAAUAAAAGUGAAGGGAUAGAAAAGGUGCAACAUUCUAGGGGAAUAUCUUCAGAUGCAGUAUACGACUACGAGUGUGGCUAUAGGAGACCAGACGAUUCCUCUUACCAUGAGGAACUGGAUCCUGAGAAUAUGAAGAAUCGUUUUCAGGAAACAAAAAAGCAAAUUAUCUUAUUUAACAAAGAUAGGACAAUAAAUAUAAUUGAAAAUGACAAAAUAAAACCAGAAUAUAGUGGGUACUGGAGGAUAAUAUAUGAUGAGGGAUUAUAUAUGGAAAUAUAUAAAGAGAAUAAUGAAAAAGAAAUUUAUUUUUCUUUUUUUAAGUUUAAGAAAAAGGGAAACGUGUCUUAUAGUUAUUGUAACAAAUUGGUUAUGGGAGUGAUGAAUGCAUAUUUCCUCAGUCGACAUGAUAGUUAUGAAAGAGAUUAUUUAACAGAUCAGGUUGGUAGCAAUGGUAGUUCAGUAAAUGGAAAAAAAUCUGAAAAGUUUUAUUUUCUCAAAAAGGGGAAUAAGAAUGAAAAUGAGCUGAACAGCAAUAAUAAACACUUUUUUAAAAAUAAAAUCCAUUUUUUAGAUUUUAAAAAUGAAGAAUCUGGAAUGCGAGAGAUUAACCGAAAUGCCUUUUCACAAUUGAGUAAAAAAGGAGAUAUGAAAAAAAACCUUAACAAUAAUUUAAUUGAUUAUUAUAAUGAUAAUUUUAUUCAAUAUGAUUUCUUGACUAUGAAGAGGUUUUGCUGGUAUGCGAAGAAGUUAAAUAUGUCUGAUGAACCUACGAACAAAAUCCCAGCUGAUAUUGUAUCUCCUCUUGUGCUGAGCCCAUAUUUGCACAUCAAAAAUUAUGCAAAUGUGAGGUCAGGAAGGGAAGUAAGAAAUGACAAUCAGGUUGGAGAUAGGAAGUUGGAUGAUGUACACAGUAACAUUUCAGCACUAGGUAACAAACUAGAUUACAAUACACAUGUCAAAGGAUUGGACCGUGAGGGGAGUAAUUUUCAAAAAAGAGAUAAAAAAUUAAGUAUGUCUAAAUCGGUUACAAAAGAAACGAAUAAAAAAUGGAAGGAAAAUAGCAUAUUUAAUGCCUAUCGUGAGAAGGAAAUUGCAUUAACAGAAUUCGACUGGACAAAUGAAGAUGAUGUGAGAAAGAGACUUAAUGGUAAUUUUGUAAAAAUUAUUGAUGAAGCAAUUGAUCAGAAGGGUUGUGGAUCCUGCUAUGCAAACUCAGCUGCGUUAAUUAUUAACAGCAGAGUAAGAAUAAAAUAUAACUAUAUUAAAAAUAUAGACCUUUUAUCAUUCAGCAAUAAACAAUUAGUUGUGUGUGAUUUUUUCAAUCAAGGUUGUAAUGGGGGAUACAUAUACUUAUCCCUCAAAUAUGCAUAUGAAAAUUAUCUUUUUACGAAUAAAUGUUUUGUGAAUUACACGAAUUUGUAUCUCAAUAAAGAUGAGAAAAAUAGCACUUUAUGUGAUCGGUUUGAUACUUUUAAGACAUUUUUACAAAAGGAAAAGGACAGAAUUACUUCAAAUGUGCUGACCAGGUCGACUUCUCAACCAUAUCUAACGGUGAUAGAACCAGCAUAUAAACAAAUAAAACACGUGAGGAAGCAUGGCGGAUUUUUUAGGGGAGGAGAAGAAAAACUUAGUAAAGGAGAAAUGGACAAUAUGGGGUCUAAGUAUGCCAGGUAUGAAGCUGAAGAAAAGGUGGGCGAAAAAGAAAAAGUGGACGAGGGAGAAAAGGUGGAAACAGAAGAAGAAGAGCUAUAUAACAAUGACAAAGAAAAAAAUAAACACAACAUAAUCAGUGGCAAGUGUGUACAACACGACGAAGAUAUAAACGGGAAGUAUAUCCUAGUUGAUGCAUUCGCGAGAGAUGCAAAUAAGAUCGAUAUGCUUAAAGUACAAGAAUGUGACACAAAGGUUAAAGUAACAAAGUUUGAAUAUCUAGAUAUAGAAGAUGAAGAGGAUUUAAAAAAAUACUUGUAUUAUAAUGGGCCUAUAGCAGCAGCAAUUGAACCUUCAAAAAAUUUUUCGGGAUAUAAAGAAGGGAUAUUAAAAGGGAAAUUUAUAAAAAUGUCCGAUGGAGAAAAAUCGAAUGCAUAUAUAUGGAACAAAGUCGAUCAUGCUGUAGUUGUAGUUGGUUGGGGAGAAGACAGCGUUGAAAAUUUGAUAAAAAAGAAAAAAAAAAUUCAUCAUUAUUCUGGAGAUGAUGAUACAUAUGUUAAUGCAAAAAUGGAUAAGGCAAAUGAAAAGGUUGUGAAAUACUGGAAAAUUUUAAACAGUUGGGGUACCCAAUGGGGAUAUGACGGCUACUUUUACAUUCUGCGCGAUGAAAAUUAUUUCAACAUAAAAUCCUAUCUUUUAGCAUGUGAUGUUAAUUUAUUUAUAAGACAAGGUUGA